AUGGAAAUAAAUAUUUUUGUCGAACAAGAUCGGACAGAUGGUUACAGUGAGGUACAGUUAUACUUUGUAGAGGUGACUGAAGACAGCAACAUCAACAACAAGAACAUCAACAACAACAACAUCAACAACAACAACAUCAACAACAACAACAUCAACAACAACAUCAACAACAUCAACAACAACAACAUCAACAACAACAUCAACAUCAGCAACAUCAACAACAACAUCAACAACAUCGACAACAACAACAACAUCAACAACAACAACAACAAAUAUUUCCAACAUCAACAUCAACAACAACAGCAGGACUGA